GAGGCCCAGGCCUGGCCUGUGCGCCCGGGAGAGGGGGCUGUGUCGUGAGCCCGCCGCCCCGGCCAGGGCGCGUGAACAGGCCAGGCCAGCUGGCCGGGCCGCAGUCGCCAAGCCGCUGACAAGGGUACUCAAGACCGGCCCAUGGAAGAAUCAUAUGAGGAAGUGGUGAUUAAAGUCACAGAGCAGGAGUGGACAUGUUUGGGUUUCCAACAGCUACCCUGCUGGACUGUCAUGGAAGAUAUGCCCAGAAUGUAGCAUUUUUCACAUAUUGGUGCAUCUUACAUGACUUCCCUCUCGUUUUACCAGAUGUGAUGACAGAAGCCCACAAAUAUGAUCAUUCAGAGGCCACAGGAUCGUCAAGCUGGGAUUUCCAGAGUUCUUUCAGAAGAGAGAAGCUGGAACAAAAGUCCCCAGAUUCUAAGACACUACAGGAAGAUUCCCCUGGAGUGAGACAGAAGGUCUAUGAUUGCCAGGAAUGUGGGAAGUCUUUCCGGCAAAAAGGUAGUCUAACAUUGCAUGAGAGAAUCCACACUGGUCAGAAGCCUUUUGAGUGCACCCAGUGUGGAAAGAGCUUCAGAGCCAAAGGCAAUCUAGUUACACAUCAGCGAAUUCACACAGGAGAGAAGCCCUAUCAGUGCAAAGAGUGUGGGAAAAGCUUUAGUCAGCGAGGCAGUCUAGCUGUUCAUGAGAGACUCCACACUGGACAGAAACCCUAUGAAUGUGCCAUUUGCCAGAGAAGCUUCAGGAAUCAAAGUAACCUUGCUGUUCACCGAAGAGUUCACAGUGGUGAGAAGCCCUAUAGAUGUGACCAGUGUGGAAAAGCUUUCAGUCAGAAGGGGAGCUUAAUUGUCCACAUCAGAGUUCACACAGGUCUGAAGCCCUAUGCGUGUUCCCACUGCAGGAAGAGUUUCCACACCAGGGGGAAUUGUAUUCUGCAUGGAAAAAUCCACACAGGAGAAACACCCUAUCUCUGUGGCCAGUGUGGGAAAAGUUUCACUCAGAGAGGGAGCCUGGCUGUGCACCAGCGAAGCUGCUCACAAAGGCUUACCCUGUAACCACUCUCUUCAAAGGAAGUUCUUAGGAAUUAAGAAUACAAAACCCUCUGUAAUCAAGAAAGUUAUCUAAUUCUAUAGGGUAAGUGGAAAUUCUUCCAGAAGGACCAGUAUUUGAUAGGACAAACUGACUUUUUCCCUUUCCCCCAAAUGAAUAUGAAAAAUAAAUGUCUUGUUUUGUCAUUA